AUAAAAUGUCAGUUAUAACAGGUGGUAUUGCGAAUUUGGGAAUUAUUUGUAUUUUGUCAUACAAAAACGGGCCUUAAAGCUUUUGUAUACAUUCUGAGACAUCAAAUGUGACCGAGCACAAAAUGCCGCGAGUGAAAAUAGAUUAUGUUGUCAGUUUCAGCAGCGAGGAUCCCGAGCACCCGGCCAGCAACCUGCUGCUCCGCGAGGUCAGCAAGAAGAAGUGGCUGUGUGCGAAGGGACAGACCACCUGCUCCGUGGUGCUGCAGAUGCCCAGAGCUGUCCAGAUAUCAGCAGUUCACGUUGGUGCCUACCAUGCUGCCCUGGUGGAGGUGCUGGUCGGCCGGUCCGAGACGCCCAGCGAACCAUUCCAGGUGCUGGUGCCGAGCAGCGUGUUCGUGUCGCGCGAGGAGUCGCGCGGCGCCGCGCCCGUGCCGCGCGUGCGCUCCUUCCGCGACCAGCUCGGCCCCGCCCGCCUGCAGCGCUGGGACCGUCUGCGCCUCGUGUGCUCGCAGCCCUACGCCAAGCACUGCCAGUUCGGCUUGUCGUUCGUGCACGUGGACGAGAGCGAGGCUGCGGCGGGCAGCGCGGUGCCGCCGCGCGUGCUGGCGCUCGACACCUACUCGUCGUCAGACGAUGACGACUUCCGGCCCGGCGAGCUGUUCGCGCAACAUUGCGCACGCGCACAACUGCCUGCAAACGACACUGGUGCUCAAAUAAGGCAAGCAACAUCUCAAGCACUGAAAAAUAUCUCAGAUUCAUCAACCAAACUCAUGAAAGCUCACAUCAGCAAGCCAGCGGUGAAGCGCUCGGGCGGGCCGGGCGCCGAGGGCGGCACUGCCCGCGACCGCGACUCGCUGCUGUACGACCUCGCUGACCGCCAGCCGCCCGCGCGGUCCAAGCACUUCGACGCCUCCGCGCCCGCGCCGUCACACCGAGAAGACCGGCCGUCACCCGCGCGGUCACUACGUGACUCUAUGGCCGCGCGAUCGGCCGGUGACAACCGCUCGCUGCCUGCUAGAAAGAAGCUGAGCGAUCCAGAUGAAACUAUUGAGACAUCCACAGGUGCUUUAGAUAGUAAAUGGACAACAAAAACAAAUUGUGACAAAAACGAUAGUCAGGCAAAGAAACGCAGGAGAUCCGACAGCCAGGAACAAACAGGCGACAGCGAGCCGCCGCCGCACGAGCUGCUGCGCGGCGCCGUGCUCGUGCUGUCGGGCUACGCCAACCCCGCGCGGGCCCACGUGCGCCGCGCCGCGCUGGCGCUGGGGGCCCGCCUGCGCCCCGACUGGGGGCCCGGCUGCACGCACCUCAUAUGCGCGUUCCCCAACACGCCGAAGUUGCGCGCGGUGCGAGCGGCGGGCGGCGCCGUGCCCGUCGCCACCGCCGACUGGCUGCACGAGUGUGUGCGGCGCCGCCGCCUGCUGCCCUGGACCUGGUACGCCACCGAGCCGCAGCACCGCACCGCACCCACGGCCGAGGACCUACUCGACGACCCACCAGCGACAUGUUCAGAACACGAUUCUGCGGAAGACACGGACGACGAAAUAGAAAAAGUACUUCAAGAUCAGAAAACGCGCCGACUCACUGAAUCAAAACCGGACAAAAGUACAGAAGCACGCGCCGACAGCGACGGAGCGGAGUCGGAGUCCUACGACGCCAGCACCGACGAGGAGGCGGCGGCGCCGGGCGGGGCGGCGGGCGGCGCGCUGCCCGACAUGUUCGCGGCGCGCCGCUUCCUCGUGUGCGCCGCGCCCGCGCCGCAGCGCCGCCUGGCGCGCUACGUGCGCGCGCACGGGGGGCUGCUGCUGGCGGCGCGGGACGUGGCGGCGGGCCGCGCGGCGGACUACGUGGUGCGCGGCGCGGGCGCGGGGGCGGUGCCGGCGGGGGCGGGGGGGGCGCGGGUGUCGGCGCGGUGGCUCGCGCGGUGCGUGUCGGCGCGGGCGCUGCUGCCGGCUGACGACCGCGCCGGUACAUAACAAAUAAAAUACUUUCAUAACA